AGAUGGAAACAGUGAGGCAGGCCAGACUGGCCCCGACAGACAAAAUACUCGGCUGUCAGAGGCACAAAACAAACCACAGAGCUGUACGUUUUCUACUCAGAAGUCCGGAUGCUGUAGCCGUAGACCAUAACCAAAAAUGGUACGUAUUUCGGAAAAGCCGUGUGCGACGCUGUCACUUUUCGCCUUUCUCCUCGUUGUUGUGUCCCGGUGUGACGCCAGGCUUCAUCGGACACGCAGCGCCGGACCCUCGGAGGAAAGUUAUGACAGAUACUACAAUUAUGUCGAUCUGACUGAACGUUUACAGUCCUUAGCCCAGAGAUACCCCCACAUAGCCAACCUUUCCAGCAUCGGGCGGUCUGUGGAGAACCGGGAGCUCUGGGUGAUGCGGAUCACCAAGGACCCGACCGGAGACACACCGGGGAGACCCAAAUUUAAAUAUGUAGGGAACAUGCACGGAGACGAAACCGUGUCCAGGCAGGUGCUGGUUUACCUUGUGGAGUACCUGCUGGCUAAGUAUGGGGAGGACCCUCGCAUCACCGAGCUGGUGGACCACACAGAUAUUUACAUCAUGCCCAGUAUGAAUCCUGACGGCUUUGAGAAGUCCAUCGAGGGGGACUGCGCUGGCACCCCCCUCGGUCGCUCCAACGCCAACAGCUUGGACUUGAACAGGAGUUUUCCUGACCAGUACGACGGGACCACUGUGGAUGAGGGCAAAGUACCUGAAGUCGUGGCUGUAAUGAAGUGGAUCCAGGAGGAAAAGUUCGUGCUGUCUGGGAACCUGCACGGCGGCACUGUGGUGGCCAGUUACCCGUUUGACGACUCCGUUUCCCACAAGGACCAAUACAGCCAGUCAGCGGACGACGCUCUGUUUCGCCACUUGGCGCUGGUUUACUCCCAGAACCACCCUGUGAUGAAGACUGGCCAGCCCUACUGUCCAGAUAAUGCUGCAGAGAGUUUUAAAGAUGGCAUUACCAACGGGGCACAGUGGUAUGAUGUUCCUGGUGGGAUGCAGGACUAUAACUACCUCCAUGGAAACUGCCUGGAAAUCACCAUGGAGCUGAGCUGCUGCAAGUAUCCUCUGGCUUCUGAGCUCCAUCAGGAAUGGGAUCUGAACAGGGAGUCCCUGCUGGCCUACAUGGAGCAGGUGCACAUAGGUGUUUGGGGCUUUGUGAAAGAUGGAGCCAGCGGCGCCGCCCUCAGUGACGCCAGUAUUGAGGUGGAGGGGAUUCAGCACAACCUGACCACAGGAAAAUAUGGUGACUACUACCGCCUUCUGCUCCCAGGAACCUACAACAUCACAGCUGUGGCCCCAGGGUACGCUCCGGUGACGGCCUACAGCGUGCAGGUCACGGACGGCAAAGCCAGUAAACUCAACUUCACUCUGUCGCCUGCUGUUGGAGGGACUGCAGGCGGCACCACUGUUACAACCACAACUUCAGAAAGUCCCACCAGCGUCACGCAGACUCCGUCGCCUCUCACCGAGGAGAGCGGCGGCAGCCCCUCGGUGCCGCCAACCGUCCGUCCACCCAUCCAGCCACAGGAAUUCCGUCACCACAACUUCGCGGACAUGGAGUUAUUCCUGCGCAAGUACAACAGCGAAUUCCCGGCUAUUACCCAUCUGUACCAGAUCGGCCGCUCCGUGAAAGACCAUGAUCUCUAUGUGAUGGUCAUCUCCGACAACCCCGAGGUUCAUGAGCACGGUGAGCCUGAGUUCAAGUAUGUGGCCAACAUGCACGGCAACGAAGUGGUGGGCCGAGAGCUGCUGCUCAACCUCAUAGAGUACCUGUGCCGUAACUACGGCACCGAUCCGGAGGUCACUCAUCUCGUCAACAACACCCGCAUCCACAUCAUGCCCUCCAUGAACCCUGACGGUUACGAGGUCGCCGCGGAAGGUGACAUAAGUAGCUAUGUCGGACGCAACAACAGCAACAACUUUGACCUGAACCGUAACUUCCCAGACCAGUUUGUCACCAUCACGGACCCCAGACAGCCGGAGACUCUCGCCGUCAUGAACUGGCUGAAAAGCAUUCCCUUUGUCCUGUCAGCCAAUCUGCAUGGAGGUUCCAUGGUGGUCAACUACCCCUAUGAUGACGACAAAGACGGUAUAAGUCAGUAUAGUGAGUGUCCUGAUGACAUGGUGUUUCAGCAGCUGGCCAGAGCCUACUCAGAGGAGAACAGUAUGAUGCAUGAAGGACACCCCUGUGCAGAUUUGUACCCUAGAGAAUAUUUUAAGGAUGGCAUCACCAAUGGAGCCGAGUGGUACACUGUUCCUGGUGGCAUGCAGGACUGGAACUACUUGAACACCAACUGCUUUGAAGUGACCAUUGAGUUGGGCUGUGUCAAGUUCCCCAGAGCUGCUGAACUGCCGCAGUACUGGGAGCAAAACCGCCGGUCGUUGCUUCGGUUCAUACGCCAGGUUCACACGGGAGUAAAAGGCACCGUGUCCGACAUCAGGGAUGGUAAAGGAAUUCCCAAUGCCACCAUCAGUGUGGCUGGAAUCGAUCACAACGUCACCACGGCUUCUAGUGGAGACUAUUGGAGACUGUUGGUUAACGGGACUUACUCCAUCACUGCCUCAGCCGACGGGUACAUCCCGGUGACGAUCUACGCCACAGUUUCCAACGAUCGAGCCGAGGUGGUGGACUUCAGACUGACUCGUUUACACUCGGACAGUAGUCACCAGUCUCCCAGCGGACCUCAAGCCACGCAGAAUCCAUCCGAGAGAGAGUUUGAAAGCUUGAUCAAGGAGCUGUCGCUGGGUCAGGGUUUGGAGGAGUUGGCCAGGAGCACAGCCACAGAGGGCAGCUUCCAUUACAGACGCUCCAAUGACCUCUCUGCUUUUCUUCGAGGCCUCACACUCAACUUCCCGAAAAUUACAUUUUUACACAUUUUAGGCCAAAGUGUGGAGUUCCGAAACAUUUGGGCUUUGGAAAUCUCCAACAACCCAGGAGAGGUUGAACCAUCGAAGCCAAAGAUCCGUUUUGUAGCUGGGGUCCAUGGGAACGCCCCGGUGGGAACGGCGCUGCUGCUGGAGUUUGCAGCCUUGUUGUGUAUCAACUAUGGCAAGAACCCAGCGAUCACCAGGCUGGUCAACGAGACGCAGAUCUUCAUCGUGCCUUCUGUCAACCCCGAUGGGCUCGAGCAGGCUAUUGAGAAGCAGUGCACAUCCACCCAGGGCCUGACCAAUUUUAAUGCCAGAGAUCUGGACAGAGACUUCUUUGGUAAUGCAUCACAGCGUAAGGAGGAACCGCAGCCGGAGACCAGAGCAAUGAUGAACUUCAUCCUGAACAGGCCUUUCACCCUGUCUGUUGCCCUCGAUGGAGGCUCACUUGUUGCCACCUAUCCUUACGACAAGCCUGUCCAGACUGUUGGUAACGAACGGACAUUGAAAUACUUAGCGACUGUGUAUGCUAACAACCACCCAAAGAUGCACCUCGGGAACACUGGCUGUUCCAGCAAUGGAAAUGGCGGACAGAUUGGGAAUGUCCCGGAUGGAGUUAUGAGGGCAGCAGAGAGACAAAGUCAUAUGGGCAGCAUGAAGGACUUCAGCAUGGAUUUUGGCCACUGUCCAGAAAUCACAGUGUACACCGGCUGCUGUCUGUUUCCCCCUGCUGAACAGCUGCCUGCUCUCUGGGCUGAGAACAAGAAGGCUCUCCUCAGCAUGCUGGUGGAGGUCCACAAAGGGGUGCGAGGUGUGGUGAGAGACAAGAGUGGAAAACCAAUCGCCGGGGCGAUCAUUGUACUCGGUGAGGGAGUGGAAGUUUUAACAACAGAAGGCGGCCAUUUCCACGCACUCCUGGCUCCAGGCAACCACAACAUUCGAGCUUUAGCCGAUGGUUACCAGCAGCAACAUCAAAAGGUCGCGGUAUCCUCCUAUGAAGCUGCCAGCUCAAUCGUCAUCGAGUUUGACAUGGACAACAGCAUCCUGGGCCUCCCCAGAGAGUUUGUGGUGGCCAGUGCAGCUGCCUCUAUGACGGCAUUGGUGGUGACGGCGUGCAUUAUCUGGUGCGUGUGCGCGGCCAAGUCUAAUCACCAGAAAGACGGCUUCCACCGCCUGCGACAGCACCGCGACGAUUACGAAGACGAGAUCCGGCUCACCUCCAUGGGCUCCAAGAAAUCGCUGCUCGCCCACGAGUUUCAGGAUGAAAGUGAAAGUGAUGAAGAGACCCUGUACGCCAACAAAAUCUGAGACCUGAAGAGCCACCUGGCUGUUGGCUCAGUAUUUUAGUUCAAAAAUCCUUAUUUCAAACAUCUGGCUAAGAAGGAGCAGGUUGAGCAUCUGAGCAGCUUUUACUAUUUAAGACCAACAGAAAAGUGACAAAGACACUUUUUGGAACUCAGAAUAACCUGCCGCUUUCUGGACUGAAGGGCUUCUUCUUCUGUGUCUGCUUGGCUGGUUUAGCAGACUGGAAAAAAAAUGCAAUAAAAAGCACGAGGAAAGGGGUUCUUCAGUCCAAUUUUAUAGCUGUUGUUUUUUUUCUUGUUUUUCCGAGCCAUUUACAGAAACUUCUUUAGACCACUAUCUGUCCAGUGCUGCCGUCCCGUCCCUCCAGUCCAUCCAAAUGAACUCCUCUUCGACGGAAUUGAACUCGACACAGAAGUGUUUUUCUCCCGUAGUCCCUUGUUUGAUAAAUCAUCACCAUGCUUUUCUUUCAGUGCUGCUUUUGAGCUUACAGUUUACAAAUGAUUUCCGUUUUUUGAUCCAACAUAGUUUAAUUACACUGAAGUGUUUGAGCGUUGAGGAGAGGGAAUCCAGUGCCUUGGCUACGAUAAACGUUACAGGCCCCGCGCUUUAACUUGCAACAGAGAACAACAUAGUAGGUUAGGUAGUACUUGGCCCAGAGCGGAGUGUGAUCCAUCCAAUACUCAGGUGCUAUGAAAGGAGAGAAACAGAUGGUUCUCAUCUGGACUCGGUAGUCCAUGGUGAGAUUUUGCAGAUGCUCAGUUGUGGGACGAACUUAGUAAAAGCUUAUGAGAGAAUCUGUUACUGAGAUGGAAGGUGAACUCUUCCUAGUCAGUGGAAAGUGCUCUGAUGUGUGCAUGGAAGUCCGCUGCACUGACUGCAGUGCAGGGAUUGACCCAUAUCAUUGGCUAUGAGGGGGGAAAACCCCCCCCCCCCGAAUCUCAAAAUGCUUAAUAAUGAAAAGAAUGUAGUUUCGUUGUGAAUUUUUUAAAUUUUUUUGUGGGAAAUUACUGCCGACUUUCAUGGAUGUCACAUUAAACCUGUAGUCUGGUUUGGAUUUACAAAUGUGAUUUUCACCAUAUGUGUGAUCUCCCCCUUUGUAGGGUGUUUUGUUUUCAACUAGCUAAAUAUUUUAGUUGUUUUGCAAACUAUAUUUUAAAGUACAAGCGUGACGGGUCAGUCAGUCUAUGGUCAAAGUCAAGCAGACGUUGGAGCCAUUUAUUUGUACAUGUUGUAAAUGCCCGGGGAAAAUAAAUCCAGAUUUCCCGUCUUUCUUGGCAGGGAAGAACCCAUGCAGUGAAGGAUGUGUUCUGCUUGACUGAGUGUUGAAUAUUGCUUGUGUAAAGUGACAGUGCAGUAAGCUUCAUACGAGUGCAUUAAAAUAAAUUAGAAUAAAAUGUUGAGGUUUCUUUUCUCAAUCAGUUUCACGAUGAAAUCUUUCAAGACUUUUUUGUUUGAUUCUUUAUCAUUUUAGCUUCUAAGCUAUGAAAUCAAAUGUGCAGUUUUUCAAAUUUUUAGAAUAUUUCAUGAGAUCCGGUUUUUCUUUUUAUAAACCAUGCAUCAUAAUGACUACAGUUAAAACUUAAAAAUGUAUACGGUUCAAACGUAGUUUUUGUCAGUAUAGAAACGACUGAUAAAACUAUUACCUUGUUUGUAAGAUUCUAAUUUAUUGAGAUGCACCUGUGAUUUCAUUCACACGAAAUGUCUUUAAAAUGUUUGGUCCCUAUUUGAAGAGUUACUACAAUUGUGCAAGCAAUCACGAUUCACGCACCACGUGCCCCAAAACCAAAACAACACCUGAAUUACAUUUUCUUUCCUGUAGAGAAACCAUGCUGUGCUUUUUCCUGACUGUUUUCACGUCGCUGCACUGGAUCUUUCAGCAGUCAUGCGUUCACUCUGCAUGGUUUUCACUACUGAAGCAAUACACUCUGGCCCUCAUUUUUCUGCAGCUUUCAUCAGAGAUUUGUCUUCUCGUGUGUGUCGGGAGGCAGUUUUGUACAUUGUUUUUCUUAUGUUUGUGAACAUGUGUGUGUAUGAAUUUUGAAAGUUGUGUGCGUCGCACACAGUGUUGGUGUGAAGCUUUUAUAUGAACUGGAAUCGGCUGUAAAUAAUGUUUUCCGAUUGUAAAGUUGGAGAUGGAAAGAAUUCAUGGGUUACAUCAAUCACAGAUAAAUAAAUCGGAACCUCGGCGCUGUCUCAAAGUGCUGCCCUGCACCAAAAAACCCAACAAAACGCAAAUAAAGAAUCUCACAACA